AUGGGGGACGGCGGCGGGCGGCGGGCGGCGGAGCGCGAGGGGCUGGCGCUGGAGCUGGGCCGGGAAAGGCGGAAGAUGGAAAUGCUUGAAAACUCAAUAUAUGAACUGAGAAACACAGUAAUAGAACUGGAAAAAGGAGUUAGCAGUGCUGAGGAUGAAGGUAAUGAAUGGAGAACCAGAUAUGAGACACAAGUAGAAUUGAACAAACAGCUGGAAAGGCAAAUUAAUAUUCUUCAAGAGAAGAUGGAGCUUAUUCGUGGCAACCCAGCAGAUAAAUUGUCCAUUGUUCGGAACUUUGAUCAAAUGCCUUUGGGUUCCUUAAAGGAGGUUCUUAAACAACUACAAGAAGAGAAGAGAAGUCUCCAGAAUCAGCUAAAAGACUAUGAACUUCGGCUGGAACAAGAAGCAAAGGCUUACCACAAAGCUAAUGAUGAGCGGCGCAUGUACCUCUCAGAGAUCUUACAGACCUCAGCUACACUUAAAAUGGUUGAAAGGAAAAAAACAGAUGCUGUCACAGGCAAGGGAGAAAACCAAAUGCUGAGGGCUUCCAGUGCUUAUCCAUUCCCCUGUGUCACUGCACCUAUGGAAGUACUGGCCUUCCCAAGACUGUCAUGAAUAUUUUAUUUGAUUGUUGACCUACAAAAG